CAUUUCUUCUAGGAUCUUUCUUCUUUCUCUUUCUCUCUCCCAAAUCUUCUUAGAAUGCCCCUCUUGUACUACUGUAGAUCCAAAUCCCCAUUUUAUCCGCUUUUUGAUUUUUGGGUCGCUUCAGUUUUUCGCUUUCUUCUUCUCCGAUUGUUUCUCUGCAUAUAGUCAUUGUUGACUCUGUGUAUGUAAGCUCUAGUUCAAUUCAUCUGCAACAUUUCUGAAUUGUUUGUUUUGAUGGAUUACUCAUCAGUCAUCACUUUGAAAAAGCGAUUUCAGCUACUGGGUGUAUCAGAUUUUUGUUGGUUUGUUUGUUUUUCUACCUCAAUUGUUGGUUCAGUUUUGUUUUUGUGACAUGGGGUGAUUUUGAUUUAACUUGUUCCAGUUUCUGGCAAAAAUUGACCAGGUCAUUUUCUUCGUUUGAUUAUGGUGAUGGGUUUAAUUUUAAUUUGACUGGAUUUGUGUUGGACAUCUGGGUCUUAUUUGUUUGAGAGAUCUGUGUAUCAGAAACUUUUACCCGAUUCUUCACUUUUCUGUCCCCUUCCAGGAAUUGGACUUGAAUGCUCAUUCUGAUCGCGUUAUGCGGUUCUGUUUUAUGGAGAUAAUUGGUGCUGUGUUGAUUGUUUACCUCACAAUUUAUAAACUCUUCCAGCAUUGAUAUGUUGAUACUCUUUUUGAUGUUUUCUUCCCCUGAAAUCGCGGGAUAUCUUGUUUAUUGAAACCUCUACACUAUCAUUAAUGGCAUUACUGGAUGCAAACGUGCCAUGCAACGACUAUUUUCCAGGACAUUAUUCGACAAAGGAUGUCACUUUAGACCCUGAAGGCAGCACAUGGACCUCAUCUAAUGUUAAUAUUGAACUAAGGAAUGACCGCCACCAGAUGGGCUCCUUUCCAGUAUCAUCACCAUGUACCCCUUUAGACUACAACAAGGAACUCCUAAAGCAGACAAUACUCAACCAAGAAGCCAUAUUUAAGCACCAAAUUCAUGAGCUCCACCGUGUUUACCACAAACAGAGGGAAUUGAUGGAUGAAGUUAAAAGGAAUGAAGUAUACAAACAUAAUUUAAGAUUGGAGGCACCACGGUCAAGUUCCGCUUUGUCAUCUGAAAACACUCAAAAGAUGUUUUGCUUGCCAAGCCUGCCCUGGCCAACUGCUCAAUCUUCUGUUUUAAUUGCUGAUAGUGUCGAGUUGCUGAAAGGAAAAAGCAGACAAAUAUGUUCUGCGCCUGCUCCUGCUUAUGCUUCAGCUGAAACUGAUGAAUCUUUAAAAGACUAUAACCUACCAGAGUCCAAGUACAGAAAAGUUGGCAAGAAGUUAUUGGAUCUUCGACUUCCUGCUGAUGAGUACAUUAGUACUGAAGAAGAUGAAGAAAAUGGAAGGGUUACUGAAGUGCCCCAGGUUUCAGCUUAUUCUUUGACUGGAACUUCUCAGGCUGUCCGUGACAGUCAUGACAAAUCAUAUGGAACUAAUUCUAGAGGUUUUUCUGACUUAAAUGUACCUUUUAAGCCUGAAGAAGCACCAGCUGCAAAGUCUUAUGAUUUGGGAGGGCCUACACACCAAUGGAACAAUCCCUUCUAUGAUCCGUCAAGAACAAAAUUUGGAUCUCAAAAUUUGCCGAAUGAUGUCAUCCAGAACUUGAGAAAGAGAUCGUAUCUCGAAGCUUGCUCAGAUAACCCACUACUAGUACCACUCCGUGAGAACAAAAAUGAGUGGCUGUCCUCAGGGCAAAGUGGUGGUUUAUUGGAUUCUUUUGCCAAAGAUCAAAUCAACCGUGGACCUUGGAUAGAGAGAAUAUUUUCUAGCAGUGAGAGCUCUGCACAAACUCAAGGUCCCAACAGAAAUGGCUUGUUUGGACCAAGCAGUGCAUCGCAUACAUGUGCUCUACCGCAGCUUGUUUCUGGGGCUGACAUGAUAAGUUCUGAGAUUUCACCAACACAAUUAUGGAAAACACCUAGCCAACUAGCAGUUCAAGCAUCUUCUGCAUCAUCUGCAUCAUCAGGUCAAAUUUCUAAAUCAUUUAUGGGAAUUUCUGGGUUCACUGGAGUUGACCUUUAUCAGGGUACAAAUGUUAAAUCUGGCGCUGAUUUAGAAAGCAAAAACUGUCUUCUGAGCUGCUUUGACGUCAGGUCCAAGCCGUUGGAUCUUCCCUCUGUGAGUACUAAUGAUCUAAACAACUGUGACAACCAUGGUUCAUUAGAUCACCAUGAGCUUAGAAAGUGCGCUGAGGGUACCAAAGAUGUAGGGACUCCCAAGAACCUAAACCUUAAUAUGAUGCCUGCUGGUUGUUCUGAUUCAACAGCAUUUCAAAGCAUUCAGAUAGCAGUUGAAGAAAAUAAAUCUCAGGAUUCAUCAAGGGGGUUGAGUUGGCUCAAGGAAAAACCUAAAGGCGAAGGAAAACCCAAUGAAGAGAAUAAAAUCUCUACCCAAAUUGAAGUCUUCCAGAGCCAAUCCAAAGAUCAAAGUAUUGAACAAAUUGAGAAAGGCUGCAUUUCUGAUGACAAGUCACCCUGUAUUGAAGUGCCUGACUUCGGGAAACAGAUUCCUUCUGGUGAGCAUUUGAUAAAGAAUGAUCAGAAGAAACAUGAAUCUUUCGCAGGUCUGAUUGACCUAAAUUCAAGCAUUGUAGAGGAUGAGAAUAUGCCAAUUGAAGUUGAUUCUCAUGCACCUGCAAGUCCAGAGAACAAGGAAUGCUUGCCACCCAGAGGAGAAUCUGAAGAAAACCUGCUUGAGAUGCAGUCCCAAUUGACAGAACAAGAGGCUCCAGAGGCGCAAGAAGAGAAGCAAAUCAGAAUCGCAGCAGAAGCUUUGGUUUCUAUAUCAGGACUUGGGGCCCACAAAGAUCUCCACAUGACAACUUUUUCAUCAUCUGAACCUUUUUUGGGCAGUCCUCUUCACUGGUUUGCUGGCAUUGUUUCCGCCACAGUGGAUCAUCCUGAUCCUGAGAAAGAAACCGAGGUGGAUGCCAGUGAUAAGGCUAAUGAUCUUGAGGGGCUUCUGCCUGCUAAAAUGGAUUACUUUGAGUUCAUGACCUUAAAGUUGGCUGAGACAGAGGUAGAAGAUUUCUGCUGUAAGAGUAAGGACCUAACUGAGCAAGUAGGUGCAUCAUCAACUCCACCCACACAGCUGAGGAAAGGGAGCCGGACUAAUCGGGGCAGAGGGCGGCGGCGGAAGGACUUCCAAAGUGAAAUCCUCCCAAGCCUUGCUUCUUUGUCUAGGCAUGAGGUGACUGAGGAUCUUCAGAUGAUUGGAGGUCUUGUAGGUUCUGCUGGUACUCACUCAGAGGCUGGUUCUCAAAGAAGUGCAGGUAGAAAUGCAUUGGGUAAGGGAAGGAGAAGAUCCUGCACUUCAACCUCUAACAUCACAGACUUGCUGUUGACCUUGAAACAGCCAACUAGUUCUUCUAAAUUGGGCAUUGAGAAAAGAGGCCUAGUUAGUUGGGGAAAGAUAUGUAAGAAGCCAAGGGGAAAGAGGCUUCCUACUUCUAAUCCCAAGUUUCUUUUGAGGCAAAGUAUAUAAUUAAUUCUAAGAAGUUCAUGGACUGUUGAUGAUUUUUUUUUUUUAAGUUAUAGGAUGGUCUUGUAAAUGUCUUUAUAAACAAUCAUACAAGUGGUGUAACUGAAGGAUAGAAACAGUUAUUUCUUGGGACUAAAUGAAUUCUCUUCUCCCAUGUAGGAGAUGGUCUUAUAGCAUGUUUGAAUAA